AUGAAGGCCAAGCUCCGACAGAUGCAGGUGGCACGGGAUGCUGAUCUCGGUCGCCUACAGGAACAGCUCUCCGCCAAUCUGGCAACAGUCCAGAAUCGCGAUGAGGAGCUGAUGGCGGCAGAGGCCCGGUUGCAAGCCUGGUCCGCAGAGGCUGCACAGCUGAGGACCUCUGCGCAGGGUGAAGCGCAGCUUCGAGCAAGCUGCGAGCGGCAAUCUGCCGUCUUAAGAUCGAAGCUGGAGCAGGCUUCGGCAUCACAUUCUCAGCUGGAGACGCAGCUCCGCGAACUCCAGACCGAAUUGAACGAGGAGGCUACCGCAGCGCAGCGGUACAAAGACUGCAACAGCACAUUGGAAGAAGAGUUGAAGCAGGCUCACCGAGCCUUCCGUAGGAAGCCCUUUCGUCGGCUGAGCAUCGCGAGGUUCCUUGAUGGAGAGACGGUGUUUUUCAUCGUUUACCGUGUCGUGUUCAUUGGUAUUACCGGCCAGGCAGGAGUCCUUGUGAUCGUCGAAUAUGUGGAGACCAGGCUAAAUCUGUUAUUCAUUGUCACCUUGAUUAGCAUGUUGUCACAUGUUUUCAUCAUUUUCAUCGUCUUCCGUCAUUCCGCAGUCAAUUGGGCAGAAAACGGCCGGGGGAAGGCUUUUCACCGACAGAACGAGGAGACUGCUCAGCGCGAGAAAGAGGAGCAACAUGCACACCUCGCCAACUUAGAGAGCUACGUGCCCUGCCGUGCUUGUUUCGCCGCGUCCAAUCCCUUGCAAGAGCUCACCACUGGCAG